UGGCCGUGGCUGGCUGGGUCAGUGGGUGGGUCGGCGUAGUAAAAACAAAAGAAAAAAAAAAAGAUCAUCGCAUACGUACCCCGCACGCGCGCGAGCGACGUCCUCGGCGAGAGGCGGAGGCAGAGCUGAGCGAGGAUUUUUUUCCCUGAUGAAUUCCGGCGGCCGGACCGUCCUCUCGUCGCCGCUCUUCGCCAGCUCGUCCCCGGCCUUCCUCCGCAGCGGCAGCGCCUCCUCCUCCUGCUGCUGCUCUUCCUCCUCCCCCUCCCCCUCCCCCUCCCGCGCCACAGUAAUCCCCAUGGUGCAUGACAACGCCGGCGGGCGAGCGUCCACGGCGUGCCACUACUCGCCGUCGCUGGUGGCGGCGGAGGAGCAGCUCCAUGGCCGCUCCAAGGACGCCGUGUCGCCGCUCAUGGGCGAGAAGGCCCUGCUGGAGCUGCUACUGGACAUGGCUUUGGAACAGCAGGGCACACAAGGGAAGAAGCUGUCAAGUACUGAAGAGAGGGAAGAGAGCGAGCUCGACAGCUAUUUGAGGGAUGACAAAAGCCACAUCUUUUACCAUCCAGAUUUCAGUGAAGGGGAUGGCUCUACUUCUGUGAGCUCUUCACCACUGUCUGCAAAUUCUGGAGAUAGUUCAGAUCUUGGUACAGCUUCAGCGACUCUGACAAAGGAGGUGGCAUUGUUAGCUGAAGAAUCACGCACUUCAGGCACCCAAUUGAAUGCAUCACACAUUUACAGGACCAGUUUGGAUUCGAGCAAGUCAAGUGAAGAACUGCAGAGCAAGGGGCAAGUGUUCAUCAGAUCGACAAGGUCUCUCGAGAGGAGAUCCAAGAGACGGAUCGCUCCUCGAGCAGCGAUCACAGAUGUUUCCUGCAGUGUUGACAAUUCGAAGAAGAAAGAGAAGUCAAAGAAGUAUGGCAGAGUUCUUGAUCCAGAUGAGCCUUUCAGGCUGUUCCUAAGAGAUCGGGAGACGACAGAAUUCUUGACAGCAAAAGAGGAGAGACAUUUGUUCAGUAAAAUACAGAUUCUCAUGAAACUAGAGGAGGCACACCGGAAGCUAGAAGUUCAGUGUGGCCGCGAGCCGACACUGGCAGAGUGGGCUGAGGCUGUAGGGAUGAGCAGCAAGGAGCUGCAGUCCUCCAUACGCACCGGAAGACGGUGCCGAGAGAAGAUGGCUCGCUCAAACUUCAGGCUUGUCAUACAUGUAGCUAGGAAGUAUGAAGGAUAUGGUCUUGACAUCCAGGACCUAGUUCAGGAUGGAUGCUGUGGGUUGAUGAAGACCUUUGAGAAGUUCAAUCCAAGCAAGGGCUGCAGAUUCCCGACAUACGCGUAUUGGUGGAUACGCCAAUCGAUUAAGAAGUCAAUUUUCAAGAAUUCAAGACUAAUCCGAUUGCCAGAGAGUGUGUAUGCACUGCUGAGAAAGGUCGGCAAAGCGAGGAUGGAAUGCAUCAUGGAAGGGGAGCAACCCACCAACGCAAACGUCGCAAGGCGUGCCGGGAUCACCAUCGAGAAGCUAGCGAAGCUCCGUGCGAAAACCCGAAAACCCCGGUCGAUGCAGGAUCAUGUCUGGUCAGAUGAGGGGGUCACCUUCCAGGAGAUCACAGAAGACCCCAAUGUGGAGCCCCCUGACCUGAGUGUGGACAGGAUGAUGAUGAGGCAGCAGGUGAGGGACUUCCUGGGGAUCCUGAGCCCCAGGGAGAAGGAGAUCAUCGAGCACCGGUUCGGUAUCCACGACGGCGAGCCGAAAACGCUGCAUGUCAUCGGCGACAUGUUUGGGCUGUCCAAGGAGAGGAUCAGGCAGCUGCAGAACCGGGCGCUGCAGAAGCUGAAGACGAGCGCGUCCACGCAGGGGUUCGAUGUUUACUUUGAUUUGCUAACCUGAAGAAGUAAAGAGUCCAAGCGGCUCAUGCCCAGUGGGUUUAUUCAGACUUUCAGUUAAGUUUGUCCAUACAAAACGGCAGAAACAAACAUACACACACACUGUAGCUUACUAGACAUGUAUGUAUUACACAUUUGUGCUACACACCCAGUGACAGGUACUGUACAGCAGUACAGGUAUAGUGCUAGAAUUGGAGAAAGAAGUAGAGCAUGUGGUACACGGAUUCAGAAUUUUCAGAUGGCACCUUUUUUGCUUAUGGAAGCAAAAUCAAUUUCCCAGCAAAGCUCCUGCUGGUGCAUAUACUGAUACUGCAAGUCUGCAAAGCAAACCCCUUGUAAUUAAGGACACAUUUACAUGUUUUUACAUUUGAUUUGAGCUGGUCAGGCACUGUAAUUAAUAAUGGAACAAGAAUUCUAUUCACAUAGUUUUAGUACCUUUCACUGAUUAUAGGGGUGUUCUCAGACUUCUCGUAUUGUAUUCUUUUAAUUGGCACUAUUGACAAGUUACCCAAUUAGAAUUGCAG